GUGUCCAUGGAACAAGAUGGAGAGAAGAUAGUAUAGUGGAGUGUGGAGUUGUGGACAGAAUGGCUUUCCUGGACAACCCAACAAUUAUACUGGCUCAUAUUCGGCAGUCACACGUGACCAGCGAUGACACCGGGAUGUGUGAAAUGGUCCUGAUAGAUCACGAUGUUGACCUGGAGAAGUUUAAUCCCUCGUCAGCAUACGGGGACAGUGGUUCAGAGACACAGGGAAGCAACGGUGAGACUCAGGGCUAUGUGUAUUCCCAAUCAGUCGAUAUUACCUCAAGCUGGGACUUUGGAAUCAGAAGACGAUCAAACACAGCUCAGAGACUAGAACGGCUGCGGAAAGAGAGACAAAAUCAAAUAAAAUGCAAAAAUGUUCAGUGGAAAGACAGAAAUACUUCUUACUCAGCAGAGGAGCUGAGCUCGCUAUUUGAAAAGAAGAAUUUCAGAGUAAAAUCCCCGUGUUCUGGGAAGCAGUCGAUCCUGUCUGUGCGGCUGGAGCAGUGUCCGCUGCAGCUCAAUAACCCCUUCAAUGAGUACUCCAAAUUUGACGGCAAGGGUCACGUUGGUACAACGGCAACCAAAAAAAUUGAUGUCUACCUCCCACUGCACACAAGCCAAGACAAACUACAGCCCAUGACAGUUGUGACGAUAGCAAAUGCCAAGGUGCAUGACCUGAUUGGACUAAUAUGCUGGCAAUAUACAAGUGAGGGACGGGAACCAAAACUGAACGACAACGUCAAUGCCUACUGUCUCCAUAUUGCUGAGGACGAUGGCGAGGUUGACACAGAUUUUCCACCCUUGGAUUCCAAUGAGCCCAUUCACAAGUUUGGCUUCAGCACGCUGGCGCUGGUUGAAAAGUACUCAUCUCCCGGCCUGGCAGCAAAACAGUCGCUCUUUGUCCGCAUAAAUGCUGCUCAUGGAUUCUCACUUAUUCAGGUGGACAGUAUGAAGGUCACCAUGAAGGAUAUCUUACAAAAGGCCUUAAAGAGGAGGAAGGGAUCACAGAGAGGCUCAGGUCCUCAGUAUCGGCUGGAGAAGCAGAGUGAACCUAAUGUCCCAGUAGAUUUAGACUGUACCUUGGAGAGCCAGAGCACUUUGGAAUUCUGCCUUGUCCGGGAGAACAGUUCAAGAGGAGAAGAGGUCUCGGAGGAGGACCCUCAGAUCGAUAUAGCCACAGUUCAAGACAUGCUCAGUAGCCACCACUACAAGUCCUUCAAAGUCAGCAUGAUCCAUAGGCUUCGAUUCACCACUGAUGUUCAGUUAGGUAUUUCUGGAGACAAGGUAGAGAUAGACCCUGUUACUAAUCAGAAGGCCAGCACUAAGUUUUGGAUUAAGCAGAAACCCAUUUCAAUCGAUUCUGAACUCCUCUGUGCCUGUGACCUUGCGGAAGAAAAAAGCCCAAGUCAUGCAAUAUUUAAACUUACAUAUCUAAGCAAUCACGACUACAAACACCUUUACUUUGAAUCAGAUGCUGCUACUGUCAAUGAAAUUGUACUGAAGGUUAACUAUAUUCUCGAGUCGCGAGCGAGCACAGCCAGAGCAGAUUAUUUUGCUCAGAAACAAAGAAAACUGAGCAGGAGAACAAGCUUUAGCUUCCAGAAGGACAAGAAGUCGGGACAGCAGUAAGGCCUGGCCUCAGGGAGAGCCUGGCUGCCGGAUUCGGCGGAGGAGACGCUCCCCCCCGCCCAGGCUUGAGCCAGGACUGCGGUGCCCCAGCUGCCAACGGGCAGGGGCGGCCGGGGAGGAAAUCUGAAUUAUCCCGUCUGGCGCAGUUGGAAGAUGAUCCCGUCAGUGAUGGGAAGUCUCCCCUGUGACAAAAAUCAAGAGCCAUAUCAGCCGGAAAGAAGACUGUUACGCUUCAGGUUCCUUUGAUUAGAAAUAAGAGAAUGACGUAGACUGGCAUCAUUUAAUUACUGUAUUAUGUACAAUCACAAGAAGAGAUGUGAUUACGUAUUAUUUCACAGCCUGGUUAAAAUAAAUUAUAUACAUCUGUAAUACACCCUCGUACACACAGGUAUUGCUUGUGACAUGAUCAAAUUUCUAAAAACAAAAUGUAGGACAAAUGUAUCCAUUUUUACUAUUAAUAAACAGAUGUAAUCUUUUCCAAGGUCCA